AUGGCGGAAAUGCUGUCCAGUUCGAAGGGUCUCCUGGCCAUAUGGCAUAGCUGGCGCCUAACGAUCCUUGUGGUGCUCGCUCUAUUCCUCGUGAGCGUGCGGAUGUAUCGUCGUGUGUACCUGUCACGAUCAAAGACAACUGCCUCGGCCUCGAUCCCAUCUUCGCCCCGCAACAAAUCUCUGGAGAUCUCGUCAACGUCCAAGGUGUCGGCUGGAACCCCACCCCCACAACCAACUCUCAACAAUGUCGAUGCGGCCCGGACCGACACAACGAAAGCCAGCUCGGGUCCAAAGCGCGUGCAGGGCAAAAGACCGGCCAAGACCGUAACCGGCCGCCGUGCGAUCAUCCAGGAGACCCAUCCGUUCUUCAUCCAGCCCGUUAUUUUCUUCGCUUCUUUGACGACAACGACGGAACGCUACGCCAAUCUCCUACUGGAGGAAUUGCGCGUGUCGGCGCAGGCACACGCCAGCCUCAUUGACCGUGAGGGGGGUCUGCUGCCUCCACAGAUCCACGACAUCUCUUACAUUGACUUUGAGGACUACUUUGCUGCCGCUCCAAAACCCCCUUCGACAUCUCCCGGAACUCGGUAUCUCUAUUGCAUCUUGAUUCCGACCUACAACAUUGACACCGUCCUCAAUACUCUUCUCGGUCAUCUGGAUGAAAUUCACAAUGACUUCCGAAUCGAUACUGCGCCUUUGUCCCAAUUGGCGGGAUACUCAGUCUUUGGGUUUGGUGACAAGGAGGAAUGGCCGACCGAGGAGGAAGGCUUCUGCUCACAGGCAAAGGAAGUCGACCGCUGGAUGGCAAAGUUGACCGGUCGCAAGCGAGCGUAUCCGUUGGGAAUGGGCGAUGUCAAGAGUGAUGCCGAAAGAUCGUUGAAGGAAUGGUCGCAGGGGCUACAGGAGACGAUCAUGGAGAUGCUGGAGACGGGGGGGCUCGGAGAAGGUGUGCCUGGCAGUGGUGACGCCGUUGAAAGCGACGAAGAGGAUGUGGAAUAUCUCGAAGACAUGAACGACGAAUCCUACGUGGUAAAAUCCAAGAAGAAAAGCGGAUCGACCAUGGUGGAUCUGGAGGACAUCAGAAUCAAUGGACAAUCGGCGGCUCCAAUCCCCGUCGACUUUACUACAGCCGGUCCAGCCGUGAUCACGGAACCACAGGCCAAGGAAAUGGUCCCCAAGACAUCUCCGACUUACACUGCCCUGACUAAACAAGGCUACACAAUCGUUGGCUCGCACUCGGGCGUCAAGAUUUGCCGAUGGACCAAGUCUGCGCUGCGGGGGCGAGGCUCUUGUUACAAAUACUCGUUCUACGGUAUCAGAUCACAUCUUUGUAUGGAAGCCACGCCAUCGCUCUCGUGUAGCAACAAGUGCAUCUUUUGCUGGCGGCAUGGCACCAAUCCGGUGGGCACCACGUGGCGAUGGAAGGUGGACUCGCCCGAGCUGAUCUUCGCAGGGGUCAAAGAAGGUCAUUACAAGAAGAUCAAGAUGUUGAAAGGAGUCCCCGGUGUCCGUGCCGAACGAUUUGCCGAAGCGAUGCAGAUUCGUCAUUGUGCCCUGAGUCUGGUCGGCGAGCCGAUCUUCUAUCCCCACAUCAAUCGUUUCUUGGACAUGUUGCAUCAGGAGCGAAUUUCCAGUUUCCUCGUCUGCAAUGCGCAGCACCCAGAUCAAUUACAGGCCUUGAACCGAGUGACUCAACUGUAUGUUUCCAUCGAUGCAAGCAACCGGGAGAGUCUCCGCAAAAUCGAUCGACCCUUGCACCGUGAUUUUUGGGAGCGAUUCCAACGCUGCCUCGACAUCCUCCGUGAGAAACGUCACAUCCAGCGGACCGUCUUCCGGCUGACCCUCGUCAAGGGGUUCAAUGUGGAGGAUGAGGUCAUCGGAUACGCCAAUCUUGUCGAGAAGGCUUUGCCCGGUUUGAUCGAGAUCAAGGGUGUUACAUUCUGUGGAACGAGCACCAGCGCCGGCGCCGGGUUGACGAUGAAAAACGUCCCUUUUUACGAAGAGGUCUCGGCCUUUGUCGUUGCGUUGAACGAGGAGCUUCAACGGCGUGGUUUGGAAUACGGGAUUGCCGCCGAACAUGCUCAUAGUUGCUGCGUGUUGCUGGCCUCGGAGCGAUUCCGCGUGAACGGCAAAUGGCACACCCGCAUUGACUAUGAUCGAUUCUUUGAAUUGCUGGAGAAGGAGAAGGCGGACGGCACUUCCUUUGCCCCGGAGGAUUACAUGCGUGAAACCGAGGAGUGGGCUCUUUGGGGCCGUGGCGGCUUUAACCCAGAUGAUGAACGCGUUUUCCGAAAGGGCCGUGAUGCCGAUUCGCGAGCCCGAAAAGCUCGCGAGAUUCUAGGAGCGGAGAUGGUGCAAGGAUCUCUUUGA